ACCAUAAUCCACCUGUCUCUCUACCUGUCUCUCCUACAGGUGGCGUGGGUACAGGUGGAGACACAGACCAUCCUGACCAUCCACACUACGGUCAUCACACGUAACCCUCGAGUGGGUCUGAGUCAUGAAGGACGGACAGUGUACCGCCUCCACCUGAAGGAAGUGACUGAGGCAGACCGCGGCUACUACAUGUGUCAGAUUAACACCGAUCCUAUGAUUAACCAGAAGGGCUUCCUCCAGGUCGUAGCGGUGAAGGUGCUGGAGGGACAAACACUAACUAUAGGGAAGGUCUCCAGGCUGGACAUGGGCGCCUACCUGUGUGUGGCCUCCAAUGGCAUCCAACCAUCCGUCAGCAAGAGAAUCCAACUCAAAGUCCAGUUUCCGCCCAUGCUGUGGAUCCCCAACCAGCUAGAAGGGGCGCGGACGGGUGACGCCAUCGUACUCAAGUGCAACACAGAAGCCUUCCCCCGUUCCAUUAACUACUGGACUAACUACAAGGGAGAUGAUAGCUGCUACAAGGGCUCCAAGUACGAGACCACGACAAAAGAGGAGAGCUACAAGACCAACAUGCGGCUCGUCAUCCACAACCUGACGAAGGAAGACUUUAACACCUACCGCUGCAUCGCUAAGAACAGCCUGGGGGAGACAGACGGCUCUAUUAAACUCUAUGAGAUCGAGCCUCGGUCCCCUAAGGAGGAGUCGACCCAGGGCGCCCCAACCAAUGGCCAGGCGGGGGAGGGGAGCGAGGGGGGGCAAGAGGAUGCGGAGGGUGGCCAGGUGAACCACAACAACUCCAGUGAGGACGCGGAGAAGAACUACACGACAGAGAGGAGAGGCAAGACCCGGGGCAAGCAGACGCCCUCCAAGAAGACAGGCAGAGGUAAGACUCCUCCUCCUUGUGUUUGUUUUGGUACGUGUUUGUUGUCUACGUUGUUUGUUUUUAUUAUAGUUUGCCUCUGUGGUUAUCGAUAUGUUUACUGCACUUGA